AUGAUUGAGUUGUUCACAAUUUUUGGCAAAGGUGGCAUCGUGCUAUGGUGCUUCCAGGAAGGCGGGCAGCUGCUUACGGAUUCGGUGAACCAAUUCAUCCGGGAAGUGCUCAUCCAGGAACGCGGCAACAGCACGGUGUUCAGGCACAACGACCUCACCAUGAAAUACAAGCUGGACAACGAGUUUGAGCUCGUCUUUCUCGUAAGUUCACUCUUCGCUCUUUUAUGA